ACAAAUAUAAAUGUUUACCACAGAUAAAGGUUAAUAUUUAAACUCAUUUUUGUAUGAUGGUUUGUAUGUUGCCUUUCCACAUUACAGCAGGUGUGUGUGUUGUGUGCGUGGAGUAUGUGGGUGGGACAGAGGUGAGGAUUGGAGGUUUUGGGGAGGGUGUAAAUCCUGCAUAUGGGCAUCUUCACCUAAAAAGUGGAGUUUUACUUUUUCUCUCUGCUCCUCUCCCACCCGGGUGUAAGCUCAGCAGUGGACUGAGGAGUUUUCUUAGCUCUGACCACCAGAGAAGAUGCUUUGCUCCGACUCUUCAUGAGGUUCCUGCAGAGCCGAGCAGAGUCGCAGCUCUGCAGCUGAUGGGCUGCUUCUCUUUCUAUCUUUAUCCCUUUUAAUUUGGACACAGGGGAGAAAUAAAUAGCCCAACACACGCUGCUGGGAGGCAAAUGAAUGGAAGAGACUUGUGGGGAAUUUCCCAAGGCUUCAAACACACCAAAGGAUCUGGAAACACGUUCUGAAUGGACCAAAAUGCUUGUAGAAGAUUAGUUUUACACUUUCUUUUCUAAAGAAGCCAGCCUAUAAACUUUCAUAUCUUGGACUGGUUUUUUUUUUGUGGACCUUCACUGGAAAUAAAAUCAUUGUGUCUUUGGCUCAAGCAUGUCUUCUUUAAUAUUGCUUUAUCAGUGGAGUCUGGCCAUGUUCCUGCUGUGCUUCCCCUUGACUCUUGAAAGGAGACCAGUUGAUGCACUUAUUAGCAGAGUGAGGAGGUCUGUGAGCCACACCCAGCUGAUGCACGACCAGGGCCGUUCCAUGCAGGAGUUCAAACGCCGCAUGUGGCUACAAGAGCUCCUGGAGGAGGUGCACACGGCCGAUAAACACACUCCUCCUGUGCAGAGCAAGACCCCGAGCCAAACGUUCAAUGCAAAAACCGUCCAACUGAAGCCCCCAGGGGCCACCAAGGACCUCCCUGAGAGACUCAGUCUGGUGGAAGAAAGUCUGACUCUCCCCCAGGAGACCAACAAGGCUUUGCCUUAUAAGGACCAGCACAUAAAAGUUCCCAUCAAAAGGAAGAAAAAGGCCCGAUUAGGUCGACGCAGAGACAAUGAGAAGAAUAGGAGGCGAGCGCGGUCUGCCUUUAGAGCGGAACCUUGAGGGACACAGAACCCGGCUCAGAGACUCCCAGGACCGUUUUCAUGGUGCUGCACUAAGACACUGUUUCACACUGACUCUAACCUGACAUCACGACUGUGCUUGUAUGAUAAAAAUGUUUGUAUUUUUGUUUCUUCCCUGGAGUUAUCUUCAAAAGUCCAUAUUUAUUUGGAAGAUCUUCACACCCCUGUAUCUUUGAUGUCCUUAAAACAUGUGUGUGAUGUGUUUUGUAGCCGGGUGUGUCCACGGAGCUCACGAAGAAGUAUUUAUUUCUUCUGCAUCACGUCCAAAAGCAGAGAAGCAGAGAGAUCGUCUUACUUCUGGCUCUGUAUACGUCGACUAUGGAGGACUUGGAGUCAUGACAAACUGUUCAUCUAAUACAUCAGUUCCAACGGUUCGGCCAUAAUUUAUUUCACUAUGAAAAUCUAUAUUUAUUUUGUGAAUGUAUCACAGUGCUGCUGACUGAAUUCCGUUAUGCACUUUAGUUACAUCCUGUACAUGUUCUUUUGUGGUUGAGUUUUAAUUGAGUGACUUUUGUUGAUGGUACUGCUUUCCUUUCUCACUUCAGACGCCUCAUGGACUCAUAACUUAUUGGAACCUACAUCAGACCCACUCUCAUGAUGGUUUUUGUUUCCUGGGAAUGCACCAAAGUCAGGGGCUAUCAGACUCAAUGUUCUGGACAUGCACUGAGUAAAUGCUGUACAUGUUUCCAGUUAAUCACACAUUAAAAAUGUAUUCAUGUAGACGUAGAUUUAA